GAUGGCUUGCAGUGGUGGUGCAUACCUCUAAUCCCAGUACUCAGGAGGCAGAUUCUAAGAACCUGUAUGAAAUUGGCAAAUGCAAGAUAGAUGGAGUUUGCUGAUCACUAUCCUAACUCAUUGUGACCUGUCCCAGGAAUGGGGUGGAAUGUGAUGCAGCAGGAUACUUCAUCUCUAGCACGCACACAAAGUCAGGGAGGCCCUAAAACAUCAAAAGCUGGAAGUGAAGAGGAAGCCUGUUUUGUAAUGCUAGAUGGCACUGUGCAGGCUGAUGGGAGAGAACACUUGCAGCUGUGCAACAGGGACAGCCUCUUGGAAGUAAUUAACCACUGUUUGAAAUGUGAGACCUCCACAGGAAGAAAUUCACAUAUGGUACUGUAAGCUUAGUUAAAUGCUCAUGAUUAAGGAGAAUAUAGGUCCUACUUGGGAAGCAACUGCUGUAAUUUAGUGAAAUGGGUUGAAUGGUCUCAUCAAACUGCCUUCUAAAUAAUUGUGGCUAUAGAUUAGUGUUAAGGUUAACUUCAAUUCACAGAGAUCUGCAUGGCCUUGAGUUGUAGAACUAAAGGUGUGUGCCACCAUGCUCAGCAAGUUUACUUUUGUGUACACAUGUGCCAUAUACAGCUGCCUGAGGAUAACAGAAGUGGGCAUUGGGUUUCCUGAAACUGCAGUACAGGAGCUACUGACAAGACAUGGGUCCUCAGGAAGAGCAGCAGGUACUCUACCUGCUUGGGCCAUCUCUCUAGCCCCAGAGGCUUUGUUUUGCAUGAGAGGAAGGGAGCACAGUGGUUACUGCAGAUAUUCCUUACUGGUCAAAAUGCUGAGGGUAAGUGACUUGAAUGCUCAGUCAUAAAUGUAUUACCCCAAGGCUUAGAGGACAUGGGAGAACAGGGCACAGAUAGGAGCUGGAAGAUAGAGUGGGGUAUCAUUUCUUCAGGGCAGUUGACCUCCCAGCAGCUGUGAUUUCCUACAUAAGACUGGUUUUGCCAACAUCCUGUUUUGGAAGGGGAUGAGAUUCACAAGGCCCUACCCCUCCCUGAUGAUAAAUGAAGAGUUGGAUGGUUGCUGAGGAAGGGAAGAGACAUUUUCUACAGUGGUGUUAAGAUGCCCAUGCUCGGGCAGGAGAGAUGGCUCAGUGGUUAACAGCACUGACUAUUCCAGAGGCCCUGAGUUUAAUGCCCAGCAACCACAUGUGGCUCACAACCAUCUGUAAUGGGAUCUGAUGCCUCUUCUGGUAUGUCUGGUGUGAAGGCAGCUACAGCGGACUCAUACAUAAAUACUUUUUUUUUAAAAAAAGACAUCCAUGCUUCUGUAAGCCAGCAGCCUUAGUGCCCUAGUGGUUUUCACUGGAAGACAACACACACACACACACACACAAGACACAGAAGCAGACUGGUUAGUUGAGAAUCAGAUCAAAAUACAUUAUAUAAUGAAAGCCAUUAUUACACAUAGUGCUAAUAAACAUCUGAAAAGUGAAAAUUAUGGAAGACUUAAUACGUGACUGGCAAGAUGAUUCACUGGGUAAAAGCUCAAGCCUGAUGACUACCUGAAUUUGGUCCCUGGAACCCAAGAUGGAAGGAAAGAACCAACUUGCCAAAAUUGUCCUUUGACCUCUCUAUGUGUACCCCUCACUCAGUAGUAAAUACAACUUAAAAAACUAAAAAUGGAGCCGGGAGGUGGUGGCACACGCCUUUAAUCCCAGCACUUGGGAGGCAGAGGCAGGUGGAUUUCUGAGUUCGAGGCCAGCCUGGUCUACAGAGUGAGUUCCAGGACAGCGGGAGCUACACAGAGAAACCCUGUAUUGAAAAAAAACAAGACAAACAAACAAACAAAAAACUAAAAAUGGAAGUAGAGCUGGGGACGUGGCUCAGUGGUAGAGCACUUGCCUAAUAUGCACAAGAUCCUAGGUAUAAAAGUCUAGAGAAAAAUGUUCAUGUUACAUUCCCACUCCAUCUUUGUAAGCAUCGGUGUUUUCUUCCUGGAUGCUAUAUUUGAUAACCUGGCUCCAGGAUAUGAGCAGGGCAUUGUGCGCAUGGUAGGGGCAGAGUCAGAGCUUAGCCUGAAAAGAUCUGAGUGGCUUGCAGCUUUAGGUCACCCAGUUUGAGCAGUCUGGGGACUCCAGAAUCCCACCUGCUGGAAGGCAGAAAGUUCUCACAAACUGCUUGGCUAUCCCAGAGCCCAGUUCAAUAGCAUCCUGUAGUUAUCCAACUUCUUGGCCUUCAGAGUAGAACACCCAGUUCUUCUCAGUCAGCCUGCUACUCUGGAGGCACAGCCAGCUUUUGAAUUAGCCUGAGGGCCUAGGUUCUGUUCCUCAAAGAAGCAGGAGCUAAUGUCUGUAUUCCCCCCCCCUUCCCCAAUUAGGAAGCAAUAACUCAUGAAGCAGGGAUUUUAUUCAAGAGUAUACGUUUAAUAAGGGAAUCCAAUAUUCAGUCCAGUAAAACUGCCAGCCUAUGGACACAGCAAGAUAGUGUUGGGACCAGUCCAUGAGCUGCAAGGGUACAGGAGAGCGAGCCUCGAGUCAGCUGCCUGCUAUUGUUACCCAGGAGUGGGUUGGUUCUUUGGGUUUUGUGGUGGUAGAAACUUGAGUGCAGGACCUAAGCCAGCUCUAACAUUGAACUAUAGCCCAGCUUUAUUAUUUUGAGGUUGCUAGAUGUGGCACAAGCCUUUAAUCCCAGCACCUGAGAGGCAGAGGCAGGCGGAUCUCUGAAUUCAAGUCCAAGCCUGGUCUACAGAAUGAGUUCCAGGACAGCCAGGGCUACACAGAGAAACCCUGUCUCAAAAAAACAUAAGCAACAUGAAAACUAGAAAUAGGGGGCUAGAGAGAUGGUUCAGUGGUUAAGAGCACUGACUGCUUUUCUGAAGGUCCUGAGUUCAAAUCCCAGAAACCACACGGUGGCUCACAACUAUAAUGAGAUCGGAUGCCCUCUUCUGGUGUGUGUGAAGACUGCUACAGUGUACUUACCUAUAAUAAGUUUUGAAAGAAAGAAAGAAACUAAGAAGACAUGAACUUAUAGUCCUACUGUAUCAGCUUCCUAAGUGAAAUUCCAGGCUGGUGACACCCCAUUUAUCCCAUGUCAUGAACUCCUGGGGAUUGUUGUCUAUCACCCCCGCAGAACACACGACUAUAGCUCCCAGUAGCCCCUGCAGCCUCAGCCAAAGUUGCCCUGUAAUCCGACCAUCCCUUUGGAAAAGGUCACUUUAGAGCUCCUUGAAGGACAGCGACAGGGGGAAGCUCAGAGGCGCUGGGCUUGGGUGGGGGUGGGGUGAAAGCAGUGGCUCUCUCCCUCAGGCGCCUAUCCUCCCCCACAGCACUCCCUGCAACCCAGGGCCUUGGUCUCGUCACAGCUGCCAGCCCCUUCUGGACUAGCAGUACCUCUGUGUAGGACACACUCAUUCUCAGCAUGUGGCUCUCUUGCCCAUGCUCACAACCUCCCUCUCUUCCUGCAGCCAUGAACUCUGUUCCAGCCAAGUGAGAAGUGGCUGUGACCAGCUUAAUAGCCACUUCAUCGUGUCCCUGUGGCGGUACUCUAGGCACAAGUCCUGCUACUCAGAGAAAAGGAGAAAGUGUCCUGCACUCGUGACAACCCUUUGGCCUCUCUAAAGAGGGUCUAUAAUCCAGUCCCACCUUUCAUCUGUAGCUCAAGAAGGGGCCCAGAUUAGAUAAUGUCUUAGACAAAGUCUCAACCAGAAUGCUUUAGGCAAGCCUCAGGCCUUCCAAAUUAGUCCAGCUCUGUCUGAAGUACCCUACUUCAAUCUUCCAAAAGCCAGGGGCCAGUAGACAAGGCCAGAAGGCUUAGGAAACCUGGAAGAAGUGGGUCAGCUGUGAACACACCCCUCCCUGGGCUAUGGGGAGCUUGUUCCUCCCUCCUCUCCACUUGCCCCCAAAAUAGCUCCCUGAGCUUCAGGGCCAAGACCCUCCCACGUCCGGGGAGGCGUGGCAUGCUGCCCUGAGCCAGGCUUUAAAUCCCCUCCACAGCUAAGCAGCUCCACUCCCUGGUUGGAGGCACUGAGGAGGAGGUCAUCAUCUCUCCAGUUCAGCCCAUCCUCCCGCAGCCAUGUCCAGGCCUCUUUCAGACCAGGAUAGGAGAAAACAAAUCAGUGUUCGUGGCUUAGCUGGUGUGGAAAAUGUGUCUGAGCUGAAAAAGAACUUCAACCGCCACCUCCAUUUCACCCUGGUCAAGGAUCGCAAUGUGGCCACUCCGAGAGACUACUAUUUUGCCCUGGCCCACACUGUCCGGGACCACCUCGUGGGACGCUGGAUCCGCACACAGCAGCAUUACUACGAAAAGGACCCCAAGAGGAUCUACUACCUGUCAUUGGAAUUCUACAUGGGCCGGACGCUGCAGAACACCAUGGUGAACCUGGCCUUGGAGAACGCCUGUGAUGAGGCCACUUACCAGCUGGGCUUGGACAUGGAGGAGCUGGAGGAGAUCGAGGAGGAUGCGGGCUUGGGCAAUGGGGGCCUGGGCCGCCUGGCCGCUUGCUUCUUGGACUCCAUGGCUACACUGGGGCUAGCUGCCUAUGGCUACGGGAUCCGCUAUGAGUUUGGGAUUUUUAAUCAGAAGAUCUGUGGGGGCUGGCAGAUGGAAGAAGCUGACGACUGGCUUCGCUAUGGCAACCCCUGGGAGAAGGCUCGCCCAGAGUUCACGCUGCCUGUGCACUUCUACGGUCGAGUGGAGCACACCAGCCAGGGUGCCAAGUGGGUGGACACACAGGUAGUGUUGGCCAUGCCCUAUGACACUCCUGUGCCCGGCUAUCGGAACAAUGUUGUCAACACCAUGCGCCUCUGGUCGGCCAAGGCACCCAACGACUUCAACCUCAAGGACUUCAACGUCGGUGGCUACAUCCAGGCUGUACUGGACCGAAACCUGGCUGAGAACAUCUCACGUGUUUUGUAUCCCAAUGAUAAUUUCUUUGAAGGGAAGGAGCUGCGAUUGAAACAGGAGUACUUCGUGGUAGCUGCCACCCUCCAGGACAUCAUCCGGCGCUUCAAGUCCUCCAAGUUUGGCAGCCGUGAUCCUGUGCGCACAAACUUUGAUGCCUUCCCUGAUAAGGUGGCCAUCCAACUCAAUGACACUCACCCCUCUUUGGCCAUCCCAGAACUAAUGAGGAUUCUGGUGGACCUGGAACGACUGGACUGGGACAAGGCCUGGGAUGUGACAGUGAAGACCUGUGCCUACACCAACCACACAGUGCUGCCUGAAGCCCUGGAGCGCUGGCCCGUACACCUCAUGGAGACACUGUUGCCCCGCCACCUGCAGAUCAUUUACGAGAUCAACCAGCGGUUCCUUAACCGGGUGGCGGCUGCAUUCCCUGGGGACAUAGAUAGGCUGCGGCGCAUGUCACUCGUGGAAGAAGGAGCGGUGAAACGCAUCAACAUGGCACACCUGUGCAUUGCUGGCUCGCACGCAGUCAACGGUGUAGCUCGCAUCCAUUCGGAGAUCCUCAAGAAAACCAUCUUCAAGGACUUUUAUGAGCUGGAGCCUCACAAGUUCCAGAACAAGACCAAUGGCAUCACCCCUCGGCGCUGGCUGGUUCUGUGUAAUCCUGGGCUGGCAGAGGUCAUUGCUGAGCGCAUUGGUGAGGAGUACAUCUCCGACCUGGACCAGCUGCGCAAGUUACUCUCUUACGUGGAUGAUGAAGCCUUUAUCCGUGAUGUGGCCAAAGUGAAGCAGGAAAACAAGUUGAAAUUCUCCGCAUACCUCGAGAGGGAAUACAAAGUCCACAUCAACCCCAACUCCCUCUUCGAUGUCCAGGUGAAAAGGAUUCAUGAGUACAAGCGCCAGCUUCUCAACUGCCUUCACAUCAUCACCUUGUACAACCGCAUCAAAAGGGAGCCCAAUAGGUUCAUGGUACCGAGGACCAUCAUGAUCGGAGGCAAGGCUGCACCCGGGUACCACAUGGCUAAGAUGAUCAUCAAGCUUAUCACUGCCAUCGGGGAUGUGGUCAACCACGACCCCGCGGUCGGAGACCGCCUCCGAGUCAUCUUCCUGGAGAACUACCGCGUCUCAUUGGCUGAGAAAGUUAUUCCCGCCGCUGACCUCUCAGAGCAGAUCUCCACUGCGGGCACCGAGGCCUCAGGCACUGGCAACAUGAAGUUCAUGCUCAACGGGGCUCUGACCAUCGGCACCAUGGAUGGUGCCAACGUGGAGAUGGCAGAGGAGGCAGGGGAGGAGAACUUCUUCAUCUUCGGCAUGCGAGUGGAGGAUGUGGACAGGCUGGACCAGCGAGGGUACAAUGCCCAGGAGUUCUACGACCGAAUCCCGGAGCUUCGGCAGAUCAUGGAACAGUUAAGCAGUGGCUUCUUCUCCCCCAAACAGCCUGACCUGUUCAAGGACAUCGUCAACAUGCUUAUGCACCACGACCGGUUUAAAGUCUUUGCAGAUUAUGAGGAAUACAUUAAAUGCCAGGACAAAGUCAGUGAGUUGUACAAGAACCCGAGAGAGUGGACACGCAUGGUGAUCAGGAACAUAGCCACCUCUGGCAAGUUUUCCAGUGACCGCACCAUUGCCCAGUAUGCCCGGGAGAUCUGGGGUGUUGAGCCAUCUCGACAGCGCCUGCCAGCCCCAGAUGAGAAGAUCUGAAGUUCCACGACAGACCCCAUACCUGCCCUUGAGUCUGUUUGCUGUUCCUGGGAUCAGGCCCACUCCAGGAGAUGGGCCUCUGGAAUUACAUCCCUACCCUUCCCCCUUUGGAACCCACUUUCCCAGUCUCUAGGUCCUGAUGCCCGGUGUGACUAAAGACCCUGCUCUCUUCAUUCCCCUCAAUUCCCUACCCCUUUUAUUUAUGUAUGGGGUCUAACCAGGUGUACCCACUCCCCAAUAAAUCGACUCCCCCCCCC